UUUGGAUAUACACAAAAUGAGAUACCCUCCAACUUCUUGGUCCAUUCCAAACUUCCCAAAAAUGGCGACAUCGAAGAAGAAGAAAAUGCCUGUCCGAGAAGAAACUCAAGAUGUUGACAACGACAGCGCCAUGGCUGUGCCGUCUUCGGCAAUUCCUCCUCCAAACAUUUCUAGUAUCAAGAACAAAAUGAGGAGGACUCAGGAAUUCAUCAAACUGAAGCGGCAGAGGCGAAAGGAAAAAAAGGAACUUCAGAAGAAGAAAAAACGUGAGGCAGAGGCAUUGGGAGAUGAGGCUCCACCAAAGAAGGUUCCCAAGACCAUAGAGAACAUGCGAGUGUUUGAUGAGACCAUGGUAGACCCACAGGAUGAAGAGGUACUCCAUGAUGAGGCCCAUGAUGAGAUGGCAUCUUACUUCACAAGAGACUCCAGACCUAAAGUCCUGAUCACCAGCAGUGAUAGACCCAGAAGUACAACAACACGGUUUCUUAAGGAACUAGGACAGUGCAUCCCUAACUCUGAGAUCUACUACAGGAGAGGCCUGGAUCUCAAGAAGGUCAUUCCUCAAGCAUUGGCCAAGGAGUUCACUGACAUUAUUGUCAUUAAUGAGGACAGAAGAAAGCCCAAUGGUAUGUUGUUGUGUCAUCUUCCUGACGGACCCACCGCUCACUUCAAGAUCAGUAACGUCAAGUUACAUGAUGAAAUCAAGAGGGCCCCAAAGUCCACUGAGCACCACCCGGAGGUCAUACUAAACAACUUUAACACACGACUGGGCCACACCGUGGGGCGCAUGUUCGCUGCGCUGUUCCCCCACGACCCACAGUUCUCCGGGCGCCAGGCCGUCACCUUCCACAACCAGAGAGACUUCAUCUUCUUCCGACACCACAGGUACCUGUUUAAGAACAACAAGCGUGUUGGUCUGAAUGAGCUGGGCCCACGUUUCACUCUGAAGCUCAGGUCUCUACAGAAGGGAACGUUUGACUCCAAGUUCGGGGAGUAUGAGUGGGUCCACAAGCGACAUGAAAUGGACACAAGCAGAAGAAAGUUCUUCCUGUAGCAGUAGCAACCUGUCACAUCGUCAACAUUGCUGAAAUAUAAGGACAAUACAUAUUGAUAAAAUAGUAUCUGAAUGAAUUCAUUUAUAUCGAAAGCUGUUGAACACUGCAUAAUGAUGACGAUCAUAUACAUAUGUAUUUGAAAAGGACAAGAUUUAAGAUCAUGCACUUAAUGAAAAACUAUCAUUCUUGCAAGAGUCAUGAUGUUAACAUUUGUGAGGUAAUCAGUGACAACAGACUGACCUCUGUAAUUAGAUCAUCCAGUAUACAUAAGUAUUUUCCCAUAAUACUAUGCUGUAAAUAAAGAUGAGACACAAGCCCAA